AUGGAUGGAUGCACUACCGCAAAGGUUUUUAGAUUCACUGCCCCGAGUAAAGGAGUAUUACCACGAAAAUUCACUGCCCCGGGUAUAGGUGCAUUACCACUAAAGUGGAUGGAUGCACUACCGCAAAGAAGAAUCAACAACAAAACAACGACUCCAGUUUUUACUUUAAAAACAAGUAAAAAGUCAGAGAAGAAACUUCGAAGAAAGAAACAACUCGCAAAACAUCUCUCAGCACUGAGUGUAAAUAGUGCUAGUGUGGAUAUACUACCAUAA